AUGUCGAAUGCGAGGAACGGGCCAAAGCCAGGCGGGAAACCGCGCCGAGAUGUAUUGGCUUCGCUCAAGCUGGCUUCCAUGGAGGAAAUCUCCAGAGCCUCCCUUCCAGCAGAGAUUAUGUCCUCGAUUAUCGACUACCUCUCGCCCGUCGACCUCAUUCGCGCCGCACGGUCUUCCAGACUCCUCCGCGAAAUGGCCUACGAUGAUAGCAGAUGGGUGCAAAAGUUGAAGCGCAUGGGCUGUUGGGACGAGAACGAGGCCCGAAAACAUGCCGAGGCGACUUUUGGUACAAUCGCGAACGUGGAAUCGGUUGAGGAACAGCAGGAGGAGAAGCCGGGACGCCCAUCCAGUGACCAGAUACCAACGAUUAGUUUGAGCACGCUCUCCGACGGAUUCGACCAGAUCAAGCUUUCCACAUCUGCUCCCCCCGACGAUGUUAAAGAGCUGGAAAAGGAUUCUGUUCUGGGAGUGCUGAAGCAGGUCAGAUCAGUGCGUGGGGACGCACGCAUUGAGUAUGGGAAAGUCCAUGCCGCAUUGGCGCCAUUCUACGAGGAUAUUGCCGCGCGUGGUCCAUCUCCAGAUAAUCUACUUUUCAAGGAAUAUCCGGACCCGCAACAACAAGCUCAAAUCCUAUCCCAGCUGCAAUCCUUCGCCAAAUGCGAUACAACGGAGGGUUGGAGGGAACGAAAUGAACGUUUACAAACUGCCAUAUCCAUGUUCGAAACUGCGGCCUUGAAUGAAUUUCGACAAGGCUAUGAGACCGAUGAUAUUGACGGUGCGAUGCGCAAAUAUGCCCAUGUCCUAUUUAUGUUAAAUGGGGGAAAGUCCGCGGUCGAGCUCUUCAUCCAUCAUAAUCAUAUUAUCACUCGAAAAUCCGAUCUAGGCACUGUGGCGGACUGUAUCGAUGUGCAAAACCAGGAGAUCAGGCUUGAACACACUCAGGCUUUCUUCACCAGGCUGAGUGUGGCUUAUAACGAGGAGGUGUCAAUCAUCAACCGUGCCUUUCCCCCAGCGCUGAGAGCUGGCCCCGCAUUCGUUGAAAAGGUCGGACAAGACGUGCUAUAUCCGUUUCUGACUGCGAUCUUUGAUGAGUUGCAUCGCACGAACCUUGAAUCAUACCUCGUUGCCAUCUCGGGGACAUUCGCUCAGUGUCUCAACUUAUCAGAAGCACUCUUACCGAUACAGAGCACUACCGAUAGUCUCGAUGAAUUCCUGGAUCAUAUUGUCGCGAAAGUCUACGAGCCUCAUACUGAUCUAUACCUCGCAGAAGAGCUCGAUCAUUUCCGAAAGAAUUCCGCAGCAGUGGUAGAUGAAUGGGACAGGCAACUUUCAGAACAGGCGGCUUCAACUGAAUCGUUUUUGAUGUCUAAUGUCAACCGACAGGCUGACAAACGUGAUUUCUUGACAUCGUUCAAGAAGGUGAUCAUGGCCCCCGUCAAUAUUCUCCCUAGUUUCUCAAGCUCUAAACCUAGCGAAACCAAAUCCGACGAAGAGCCUGUUGCGGAUGAGCCUUCCUCGACGAUGAAAAGCCCCAAUCGGUUUUCCACCAUUGCUUCUCCAGCCAUUACUCCUACUUUAGAGGCUCCUCCAACAACAGAACUUGCAGCCAAAGCUGCUGUGAUGAAAUUGAAGAUGGAGGGUAUUCGAUCUCUUUUCAGCAUUGAGAUUGCUUUAAACUUGGUUCACUCGGCCAAAUCAACCCUGGAACGUGCAGCUCAGUUUGUGAAAAUCGGCGGAGAGACCGGCGCAGCGGCUAAGCAGCAAUGUGAGGCGAUUUUUGUGACGCUUGUACGCAUUCUUGGACAUCAGCAUCUCAUUGUUGGGUUCAACAAGGCUGUCGACCAUCUGUCCAAUUAUCGACCUCGUGAACAAGGAGAUCGCGACCAAGCCGGGGUUGAACCACUGGUCACCUUUCUCGAACUUGUCAACGUCGGCGAUCUCAUCUUGCAGAUGAUUGAUGUAUUUUACGAACAGGAGCUUCUCGGCUCUAAGAUCACGGAUCGAAGUGACUUCUUGGAUCCUGCAGUCAAGGAGAAGAAAAAGUUUGAACAGAUCCUGGAUGAACGUGUCGCUGCUGGAUUGAACAAAGGCAUCGAUGUCCUGAUGGAGGAAGUGGAUUAUAUCCUCGCGAUCAGACAGCUAGCUACUGACUUCAACCCUGAUGUUUCCACAGACCCUUAUCGAAAGACUAUGGAUGUUGCUGUCAGCGAUGCGGCCGCCGCUGUAGUCGAUGUGGUGUCAUCUCACACGCAGAUGCUGAUAGGAAGCACUGACAAGAGUACACUAGACGUCUUCAACCAGGAGGUUGGGCUCCGACUCUUUGCAGCCCUGUGCAAGCAUCUGAAGCGUCAAAGGAUCAGCGUUGAGGGAUCCUUGAAACUCAUCAGUGAUAUGAACCACUACUUCAAAUUCGUGCAAAGUUUGAGGAACAGCGACCUUCUCUUAUAUUUCAAGGCGCUCUGCGAAUUGGCACAGAUCUAUCUUAUUGAUCCAUCCGACGCCAAAGAACUAGCAACGCUCAUAGCUGAUGCCGAUCGGUUCUACGGGAUCUGGAGGGUUGAGGAAGUGUACGAGUUUGCCGAGCGACGAGCCGACUGGUACCAGGUCAAACGCGACGUUGAACGCGCCAUGUACGGGAUCGGAUGUAAUGUUAUGUGA